AGAAGCCCCUAGCGGCCGGCCAAUCGGCGCGCCGGCGACUUUUGGCAUUAUCCCGAUCAAAAGCCAGUCAAAAAAGUUGAGAAUCUAGCUUUUCAACAAGAAGAGAAAAUUCUAAAGCGUGAGAGUUUGACAGUUCGAGGUUCUUUUGCCCGCUGAACAGGCGAUUUGUGGUAAAUUUCACGUCCAGUAACAAGCAACACAAAACAGACAAGAUGACCGACCGCAAAGCCGUCAUCAAGAAUGCCGACAUGAGCGAGGACAUGCAGCAGGACGCGGUGGAUUGCGCCACACAGGCCAUCGAGAAGUACAACAUCGAGAAGGAUAUAGCGGCAUACAUAAAGAAGGAAUUCGACAAGAAGUACAACCCGACGUGGCACUGCAUCGUUGGUCGGAAUUUCGGGUCGUACGUGACCCACGAGACGCGCCAUUUCAUAUAUUUCUACUUAGGACAGGUGGCGAUACUGCUGUUCAAGAGCGGUUAAAUUAUCAUUCCCCACCCGUACAGUAUUCCAAGGAAAAUUUAACAUAAAGCCGGACUUCUAAUAAGCUAUGUUUUUGUCAUUUCUCGGUUCUAUUCCAUUUUCGAAUCAGGUGUGUUUUUGUAACGGUGGUUUGCGAGUGGGUGACUCGAAAAUGGUUCCCUAAAUCCACAACAGGGGUGUUAUUCGUGUAACAAUUGGAAUAUAUUUUUGUUCAUUCAACGAUUUUUAUUUGUAUAGCGUUAAGUAGAGUCGGGAAAUGUUGAUUUCGUCAAAAUCACGAGUUCAACGCACAAUUAGUGGACAGCGUGUACGGUUAUAUGGUUUCUAGUGGCUUCAAAGUCUGCACUUGAAUCAACAUUUCUUUAAUUAUUUACAUUGUUUGCCCCAUUCCCCAAAUGGAUGUUUGUUGCUAAAUAUAUUCAACUAAAACCUAUUCCGUAAGUUGUUAAUCUAUAUUAUAUAAGCCAUCUACUAAAGUUGUACUUAAGUCUUGUUAUACUUGAAUGUAGAUUAUAUUUUUUGUUUACUACUUGGAUGAUGAUUUGUGGAGCGUUCUCGUCAGGUGACGUCCAUUUCUAGCUAACGGCGCUCCAAAGUGAUAUAACCGUUUAGUUCUUUUAAAUGACUUGAGUCACUGCCGCCACAUUUAGAAGAACUAACAUUUUUUGCUUGCUUCUGCCAACUCUUUCCUUACGAAAACACAUUCCACCAAACGUAUUUUCGACAGGAAGGAAACCACAAAAUAUAUUUUUGUAUUAAAAAAUACCUAAGGGAUGGGCAUGGUUUUUAAGAAUAGCGACUCGCUUUGUUUUUAUUAAAUAGAUUAUAGGCAAUCGUUAUUAUUUAGAAGAACUAAAUUCAAAUAUCGCUUCUUUUUCUCUCACUCAUUAGUAUAGGGAAAUUAACUGUAUUUGAUGUUAUCAUUUUUAUCCCCCGUUCCUUUCAUCCCCAUCCCGCAGUCCCGGACCCCAUCUUGUACCCUUAUUUUCAUACUCUGUAUCUCCAUAUGUAGCAAAUACAUGGUUAAAGAUU